ACCGGUCUUGUAGCAGUCGAGAAGGUCGAGGAAAAGUCAACGGUGACCCGUUGCUUCUGCAAAUACCCUCUCAAGUUCAUCAUACCCAAAAAGGUUGGUUGCUCCUCCAAGACUGAUGCUGUUUGGAUCUACACCCUCUCCUAUGGCGGCGGAAUUGUCUCGGGGGAUUGCAUAUCGGUUGGGUUGUCAGUUGGGGAUGGUUGUACUGCGGCAAUGACGACUCAGGCUUCUACCAAGGUAUACAAGUCUGUUGGUUCAAAGUGCUCAGAGCAAAUUUUAGAGGCUGGAAUUGGAAGAGAUGCACUUUUGGCUUUUAUUCCAGACCCUGUUACAUGCUAUUCAACUGCUAGAUACUCUCAGAAGCAAGUAUUUAGAGUCUUUCCUGAAUCAAAUUUGGUUGUUGUGGAUUGGGUUACUAGUGGGCGUCAUGAGAGUGGAGAAAAAUGGGAUUUUGAAUCCUACAAGAGUAUCAAUCACAUCUACUUGAAAGAUGAUGACCCUCUAUUUAUCGACUCGGUCCUAUUAGAUCAAAUGUCUGGUAAAAGCAUUAGCGACCGCAUGCAGGACUACCAGGCUAUUGCAAUGGUUAUAAUCUUAGGGCCCAAGUUAAAGCACAUCCAGGAUCUAUUACGAGCUGAAGUGAAACAAAUGAUGUCAGGAAAAUUUCACUCGCCUACUGUCAACCAACGGUACCAAAUGACUACCGAAUCUAAACAUGUUCAGUCAAAACCAGCCUUGCUUGCUUCUUGUAGUUCCUUCGGACCAAAGGGAAUAGGCGUGGUGGUUAGAAUUGCUGCAACGACGACCGAAUCAAUAUACGUGUUCUUGAGGCAUAACUUGGCGAGCUUGGAGCCCUUCCUCGGUGCACAACCAUACCGAUAACAUCAAAUACUGCAGAUUACUACGAGCAGGAAAGAUUUGAAGCACGAAGCCCUUUCUUUUCUCCUGCCUUUUUAAUUUCUUCAUGUACCCUGUGCAAGUCUUGAAAAUUUCUCCACUCUGAGAAUCUGAAGAAUUUAGUUUAUCUAAAAAUUUAGUUUCAUGUUGUUCCUUGUCUGUCUGCUUUUUACGAUUAUUUCUCUAGCUCAACCUGUAAUUUGUUCACAGUUCACAUUGACCAUUAUUUACAGCUGGUAAUUGUAUUAUUACUGAAAUUGAAUUUG